CUGUGCGCUGCUCACACUGUCAGCGGUAAAUGUCCGGUGUGACAGAGAGUUAACGGCCCGGUAGAACAUGGAUGGUGAUGAGCUUACCGAGGUUCCGGAGAACGAGGAAUAUCUCACGCGCUGUUUGUGUGAGCAGCGCGAGCGCAGCCCAUAUAAGGACAGCGGAUCCACUCCUGUCGCGCGCUGGGAAUCCUGAUUCUUGUCGGACGGUGGACGCGACAGAGUCUCUUCACUGUCUCUGCUCCUCUGUGUCCAAGCGCCUUGUUUUAACCGCAUAUAACUACAUUUUACGUGGCUACAGCAUUUUACCUGCGUUUUAUGAUUUCGUGACUAACUACAAUAAUGUGGUGGAGGCCGGUUCAGACUCAGAUGAUGAGGACAAGCUGCACAUCGUGGAGGAGGAAGGCAGCCUGGCGGAUGGGGCCGACUGCGACAGCACCCUGCCAGACGAAGAGCAUCCUAGAGAGCACUGCUGGGACCGAGUGAAGGAGGAUUGUGUUUCAGAUGGUGAGGAUGACGUGAGCACAGACGCCCUGGUAGAGGAGAUGCUCCAGCAAGGGGACACAGCCGUGAUCUACCCAGAGGCUCCGGAUGACGAGCCUCACCGUCAGGGCACCCCUGACACCAGUGCCCACGAUGAAAACGGAACUCCUGAUUCGUUCUCUCAGCUGCUCACCUGCCCAUACUGUGCACGGGGCUACAAGCGUUACAGCUCCCUGAAGGAGCACAUCAAGUAUCGACACGAGAAGACCGAAGAGAGCUUCAGCUGCCCUGAGUGCAGCUACAGCUUUGCAUACCGCGCUCAACUGGAGAGACAUAUGACAGUCCACAAGAGUGGACGGGAUCAGAGACACAUCACACCGUCGGGAGGCAAUCGUAAAUUCAAGUGCACUGAAUGUGGCAAAGCAUUUAAAUACAAGCACCAUCUGAAGGAGCACCUACGCAUUCACAGUGGAGAGAAGCCCUAUGAGUGCUCCAACUGCAAGAAACGGUUCUCCCACUCAGGCUCAUACAGCUCCCACAUCAGUAGUAAGAAGUGCAUCAGCGUCAUCUCAGUUAACGGCAGACCGCGCUUGGGGAAUGCCAAAACACAGACCCAGGGUCCAUCGCCAGUACUGCCCACACCACCCUCAGUCCUCCGCACCCAGAUUAGGGAGAAGCUGGAGCACAGCAAGCCCCUACAGGAGCAGCUGCCUCUCAAUCAGAUCAAGACUGAGCCCGUGGACUACGAGUACAAGCCAACAGUGUUAACAUCCCCAACUGUGACUGCCAUGAAUGGUGGGGUUUUCAACGGAGGAGCUACAGCUCCUCUGCAAGGCACAGUCCAGGCCGUGGUCCUGCCCACUGUGGGACUGGUGUCACCCAUAAGCAUCAACCUGGCAGACCUGCAGAAUGCUCUCAAAGUGGCAGUAGAUGGGAACGUCAUUCGUCAGGUGCUGGAAAAUAAUGCCAAAGGCCAGGUGAACUCGGGGUUAACCACUGGAACGCUCCAUACCCCACAGCAGCAACUCAUCUCAGCCAUCAGUCUGCCUAUUGUGGGUCAGGAUGGAAAUGCAAAAAUCAUUAUAAACUACAGUUUGGACCCCAACCAAGGCCAGCUCACAGCCCAUAACCUAAAGAAAGAGCCAGAGCUAAUGUCACCCAGUCAGACCACAGCCGACACAUUCAAGUCCCAGAAACUUCCAGAAGAUCUCACUGUCAGAGGCAACAGGACCGAUGAGACUAAAGAAAAAGAGGAAAAGACCACUAAAACUUGUCUCCUGUGUGAUAACUGUCCUGGCGGGCUAGAAGCGCUUCACGCCCUGAAGCACUGCAAGAAGGACGGUCUCAGGCUGAAUGGAGCAGGUCUGGAUAAGUCAGAGUCUGCUGUUGCUGCUUUGCUGUCAGAGGGAGGACUCUGCAACCAACCCAAGAACCUCUUGUCACUGCUGAAGGCCUAUUUUGCCUUAAAUGCAGAGCCCACCAAGGAUGAGCUGGCCAAAAUUUCCGACUCAGUCAGCUUGCCAAUCCAUGUGGUAAAGAAGUGGUUCGACAAAAUGCAGGAAGGUCAGAUAUCAUUGGGUGCUCCAACACCUCCCUCAGAGGAAGAGGACACCUGUGAAGCUAACCAUGUGGUGUCUCUGGGCCCAGGGAAGGACAUAGCCACUAUAAGCUCUUCUGUGACCCAGGACAGCCCUACAGAAGCUACUCCAGCAGAGGUCAACGGCACUCACAGUUCGCCAACUUCCCCUUCGCCACUAAACCUGACAGCUGGAGGUCCCAUCCCAGCCGAACCCCCCCAGAGCACUGAGGGACCUCUAGACCUGUCGCUGCCAAAGCCAGUCAGAGAGGAAGCAGAGAAAGUGGUACCUAAAGCUCGCGUUUACCCUUCUCCUCCCUCUGGCUCUGCCAAUGAGGACGAACCCCUAAACUUAACUUGCACAAAGAAAGAGGCUUCGCCACUCUCAGCCAUGGGCACUAGCCCCAUUGCACUGUACGCCAGCCAGCCAAGUGCCAAACCUGUUGACAUUGUGACCACAAUGCAAUGCUUAAGAGCACUAGCCACCAACAACAAACAGACUAUCCUGAUCCCCCAGCUGGCUUACACCUAUACCACUACAGCAAACAGCCCUGCAGGGACCGAGACACACGAAACCAUCCACCUGAACGGAAUCAAGGAGGAGAGGCAGGACACGGGCUCAGAGGGUGUUUCCACGAUGGAGGAACAGAAUGACUCAGACUCAGGCCCUCCGAGGAAGAAGAUGAAGAAGACGGACAGCGGCAUGUACGCCUGCGACCUGUGUGACAAGAUCUUCCAGAAGAGCAGCUCACUGCUGAGACACAAAUACGAACACACAGGGAAGCGACCUCACGAGUGUGGCAUCUGCAGCAAGGCCUUCAAACACAAACACCACUUGAUCGAACAUAUGCGGCUCCACUCGGGGGAGAAACCGUACCAGUGCGACAAGUGUGGCAAGCGUUUCUCCCACUCGGGCUCCUACUCCCAGCACAUGAACCACCGCUAUUCUUACUGCAAGAAGGAGACACAGAGUCAAGCAGGGGGUCAGGAGAGCCCUGAGGAGGACAGCGAGGCCCAGGCCGAGAUGGAGGCCCUGAGCCGAUUGGAGAAGCUCCUGGCCAACCCCCAGCUGGACUUGGACGAGCGAGGGAGCAGCACUAGGGAGGACGAGGAGAGCGAAGAGGAGGAGGAGGAAGGCGUGGUGGACAUGGACGAUAUCCAAGUGGUGCAGAUAGGGGAUGAAGGAGGGGAUGAGGAGGAGGAGGUAGAGCAAGAGGAGAGGAAUGAGGAGGAGAUGGAGAGAGUAGUGGUAGACGGGGAAAGAGAGGAGGAGAAAACAGAGGUAGAAGAGAGAGAGGAGGCUGAUACAAGGCAGGAGGAGGUGCUCGUGAGUGUUCAGGAAGAGGAGGUCAACAUGAUGGAAGAGGAGGCAACGGAUACAGAGGGAGGGAUGACUGAAGAAACAGAGAGGGAGGUCACAGAGGAGAGCGGAGGCGAGAACAGGAACACAUUUUCUGAAGACGAGAACCAGACGCCGCAGGAGAAAGGAGAUACUGACUAAAAGAGGAACCAGACUCCUCCAUGAGACACAAUCCUCCUCCUCUCCCUGCACAGAGGAAGAACACAGGAGAUGAAGUCUGGUCACUCUGACAGUUCGUUUCAGUUCACUACUGUGUAGAAAUCCAGGUGUGCCUGAAAAAAUACUAGUGACUUUUCCACAGGAGAACGAUUUCUCACUGUUAGAAAAAUCCAUUUGUAAAGAAAAAGAUGAAGACGAACACAAAUUUUAACAGACGAAGGACAUGCAUUAUACAGACUUUGGAAGCUAGAGCCGACAUGUUUUAGAUAAUGUUUUAUUACUAAAACACCUUGGGUCAUUUCUUUUUAUCAGUGUUACUAAUUUUAUCACUCAUAUUUUAACCUUUAAAAGCUGUACAGUUGGGAGAUAUUUCUAUAUCUUUUUAUUGCCAAUGAACAAAAAAAGUCAGUAUUUUGUUAAGUUGGAAGGAAAAUAAGAAAAUCCUGUGCACUACAAGUGGCUUGGUUUACCUAUGGAUUGAGCAGUUGAGUUGUGUUGUCUACCCUUCAGUAUUACCAUGCUAGAUACACCAUGCCAUCACGCUAGCAGACGUUAGCAUUGCAAUUAUUUUUCUGUCGUUUUGAUUGGACUGUGAGCCUUAAGAAGAAAAACACUGAAGAAUAGGCAGAUCUCAGCGUUUAGUUCCUAUUAGACUUCAGAUACUUUUUUUAAAAAACAAAUCAGUGUUUAGUAGGAAUCAUUUGACAUUUUGGGGAAUAAACUUAUUCAUUUCUUGGUGACAGCUUAAUCAAAAAGGUCAUAAACAAUUCCGUAUGUCUGUCUGGUAAAUGUACAGCUAAAACCAGCAGCUUUUUAACUUGCUAUUGCUGAAACCUGGGGAACAGCUUAGCUUGGCAUAAAUAUUGGAAACCUAGCAGCACUACUAAAGCUCACCAACUCACGUUAUUUCUUAUUUGUAUGUAAUCUGUACUGUAAAAUAGUUCGGCACAUAACCCCCAUAAAACUGCAACCCAGAAUUUUUACAAAUCUAAACAGAUAAAACAAGUUAUAAUGUGUACAUUUUUGAGCUUUGGAGGUGUUUGCAGGUUGCAUUUCCUGUCUUUAUGCCUCAUUUCCACAUAGCUCUGUCUACAUAUUUCAUUUUAGCGUCCCUCUAGUGGGAUGGAUCAUGUGAGCUCUGGUGUGUGUGCAAACUCUCUCCGAUCGCUGUGGAGGAGUUUCGAGCCACCUGUAAAGAAAUGUCAUUUCUUGCAUUUGGACAAUAGAGGGCGUAGUUUGUAUAUCACGUAGAAUUAUGAGCGUAAAACAAAGCUCGUGUGGAACCAAGGAGUAAUGUCACUUUUCCAACACAGCUCUCUGGAUGUAUUUGUGAAAAAUGCAAACCCUGCGGAGGAUUUCAUACCAAUGUAUAAUCGGAAAAACUAAUCGGCUAACAGAUGAGCAGGCUGUUCAGUCUUUUGCCUACGUUUCCAGUCAAAUUCUGUAAAUGUAACCUAUAAUUAUCGAGAAACUAGUUUACCUAGUUUAGCGCAAGCUAGCUGUGUAGCAUGUGCGAACAGUGGUUCUCAUGCGUCUUUGAACAAAAUAUUCCAAGAAAAUGGCUUCUCAACUGGAAGGCCAGCCUCCGGUGCCCCAUGCCAAAUGAUCAACAAAAGUGGACGGUAAAAAUUGAAAAUCAUGAAUCUCAUCCAAAAAAAAAAAACAUUUCUUGCAUUGAGCACGAGGGGGCGUGGUGUUCAUAUCAUACAGAAUUAGUGUCGGUGUACAUACGAGUUCUGUAUUUUCUGAUCCAGAAUUUGCCUUGCGAACAUUUAAAAAGUUGUUACUUUUGCUUUGAACAUCUGAUAGACUGGACUGUAUGUCAAAACAUGUGGGUGGGGGUUAUUUAAAUCAAAUUGUAACUGGUUUACCAUGUCCUACCAGUUCUUACAUCUUUAACCAUUAAAAUUGGCUCCAUAGCUGGUAGUCCUUCUUCACCAUGCAACAUUGGUCGUGUUUAUGUCAUAGUAAUGCUCUAUGCACAUAUCCAGUAAACGUGGAUAGUAAAGUACCUUCUACUGAACUGUGGACACCAAACAAAGCUAUGUAGAGAUGAGGUGUUUGACCGAGCCCAGCUUGCUGUUUCCCCUCAUAUCCAGUAUUUAAGCUAGGCUAACUGUCAACUGUCAGCAAGAAAAUGAAUAUGCAAAAAUGUCAAACAAAUGCUUUAAAUGUUCAGAGCGAGCAUAAAGGGGAUGUAGAAAACUGUUUGUCCUUUCCUCUACCUACCCCCCUCAGAGCCUUAUGCAAAAAAACGAACUAAACAAGAGAAGCAUGCAUAUCAAAGUGCCAUUGAAUAUUGCUGUUGAAACUUAGCAGCUUUUAUCAGGUAUUGCCGGGUCCCAGAUCAACCAACAAGCCGGAAUACUGUUGACUUUGUCUGGCCACAACACCUGAGAGAGUAGAACUUUCCACAUACUCAUGUCAUAGAUUUUAAAUGAGUUGCUUUCAUUUCUAGUCUGAGCAACUAAAAUAAUUACAAUGCACAUUUUUUUUUUAAAUGAAUGAUGAAGAAUUUCUAAUUGUUAACUGUGUCCUGCCUUUUCAAAGCUUAUUCAGUGCACUUGUUUAACACACCAUGAAAUGCUCAGAUGUCUCUUCAGGUAACAAAUAUAGGCAGAUCCCAGGAGUUUAAUUCACAAUGUUUUACCUGUCAGUAUUAUUAUUUGUCUUUUUAUGUUGUUUUAUGUUCUGUUUCAGUGUGUGUACUGUAUGUUUUCAGCAAUGGCAGUAUUAUCCCACCCCCAACGAGUUGGGUAUGUCUGUUUAGUCAUAGAGAACUUUUAUAUUUAUGUGUCUUAUUUUUUAUAUUUCUUUAUGGUUAUUUAUUACACUAUGUAGUGUACAAUACUGUAGUUUGUAUUAAUACGAUAAUAUAUUUUAGUAUGGAAAAAAAAAAGAAUCAAAGGCAAAUAACUGCAAGCCUGGAAAAAUAAGACUCCGGCAUACUGAAGUAUGUUUUUCGAACAAAUGAAAGAUGUUUUUCUUCAAGAAAAAAUGAGAAACUCGCACCCUGCAAGCCUGAAAAUUGGAACCUGUGACCUCUCUGCAUCCAUUCUCAUGUUAGUUUAGUUUUCUUUCCCCUCUCUAAUAUGAAGCUACUGAACUUUUGAAAACUAAUUGUAUGUCUAAUAGCAUGAGUGUGUGCUGUUGUAUUGAAGGAUGAUCCUUAACCACGCAAAUUGUCCUUUUUGCCAAGCCAAAAUAAUAUUGACGUAUGUUCUUAUGUUUUUAUUUGUGCCAAUUUGUUACUUUAUAUGUCAGUGUCACAACCAUGCCCAGUUUUAUAUGCCCCUCCCCUUUUAACACCCUCAUCUUUUUUUAUUGUGAUUGUUUUUGUUCUUGUUUUUGUUGAUUUUUUUAUGACUCCCCAUCUCACAAUAAAAUACAUCAAUUACAAGCUG